AUGAAGACACCCGCCGUGGUGCUCAUGCAUCCCACAGGCAAGUGCAAGGAGUUUAUGGCUGACACCAUGGAGAGGUGGGCGAGGAAAGGACUCCUGACCAUUGCAUUUGAUGCACCUUAUCAUGGUGAGCGAGCCCUUCCUGAAGCAGGAUUGAAAGACCUCUCCCUGAGCAGUUUGGGACCCUCGCAACUCAAAGAGAUUGGCAGCACAGAGUCAGGACGAUUGAAGGUCUACUUUGAUGCCUUAGUGAAGGGCUACCGAAGUGGCAACGAACGGUUUGUACUGGACAUCUCUAGGGAUGCUCUUUGGGUCAUGGACUAUCUAUGCUUCCGACCUGACGUGGUCCAUGAGCGGAUUGGUGCGAUGGGUGUCUCCUUGGGUGGAAUGGCAUGCUGGCUCUUGGCGGCAGCAGAUGAGCGUGUCUUUUCGGCGGCGCCUGCGAUAGGCGUCCAAUCUUUUCACCAUUCCCUGGUCAACGACCUCUGGCAAGCCCGAGUCGAUUCGAUUCUUCCAGCCUUUGAAACGGCGAAGACGGACAUGGGCAAGUCGAAGAUUGACCAAGAGGUGGUGAAAGCUGUUUGGGCGCAAAUCGCACCAGGAUUGGCAGAGGCAGACCCGUCAAGAGAAGAUGCCUUUGAUGCGCCCCUGACCUUGCCAUGCAUCGCCCCACGCUACUUGCUGGUGGUCAAUGCGGAGAAGGACCCAAGAUGCCCGUUAGAGGGGGUUCGCCUGUGCUUGGCUGCCGCAGAAGAGGCCCGUUUGGUUGCAUUUAUGUUAUCUUUGUUUCGCCUUCAAAUACGAAAGCAACAAUACAAACGCAUGUUCAUGACUUGGCGCUCCGACUUCGCUCUUCCGUCUCGUGCGACUCGUGCGUCGGAUUUUUUAAUCGACGAGCUCUGA